AUGAAGAACCAAGGCGGGGAGACCAAAGCAGCCCCGCGGCCUGCGAGCUCUUCCAAAAUGAGCAGCAGCCUGGCACUGGAGGAAGGCGAAUCGCCGGAGGCCGCAGCACCCCUGGAAGCUCCUCUCGCACAGGAGGACGCCAAGUCCUCCCGGCCUGCUGUGCGUGACGUCUCCGAAGAGCUAAGCAGACAGCUUGAGGACAUCUUGAACACAUACUGUGUGGAUGCCAGCCAGGAGGGUCCAGGCGAGGACGGUGGGCAGAGUGAGCCCGCAGAGCCAGAGGAAGCUGAGAAGUGUCGUAGCGAGUCCCCGAGGAACGGCGACCCGGAGUCGGGUGGCCCCGAGAUGAACGGGGAGAAGGAAAGCACGAAGGGGACUGAAGAGUUUCGACCCGUCGAGGAGUGUGGGGAGCGGGAUCAGAAGAAGGCUCAGGAAAAGAAGAAAGCCAAGGGCCUAGGCAAAGAAAUCACUUUGCUGAUGCAGACGCUGAACACCCUGAGCACACCAGAGGAGAAACUAGCAGCGCUGUGCAAGAAAUACGCUGAGCUGCUGGAAGAGCACCGUAACUCCCAGAAACAGAUGAAGAUCUUGCAGAAGAAGCAGACGCAGCUGGUGCAAGAGAAGGACCACCUGCAGAGCGAGCACAGCAAGGCAAUCCUGGCCCGCAGCAAGCUGGAGAGCCUGUGCCGCGAGCUCCAGAGACACAACCGCACCCUCAAGGAGGAGGGUGUCCAGCGUGCGCGGGAGGAAGAGGAGAAGCGGAAGGAGGUGACAUCCCACUUCCAGGUGACGCUGAACGACAUCCAGCUCCAGAUGGAGCAGCACAACGAGAAGAACUCCAAGCUGCGCCAGGAGAACAUGGAGCUGGCAGAGCGGCUCAAGAAGCUCAUCGAGCAGUACGAGCUGCGGGAGGAGCACAUUGACAAGGUGUUCAAACACAAGGACCUGCAGCAGCAGCUGGUGGACGCAAAGCUCCAGCAGGCGCAGGAGAUGCUGAAGGAGGCGGAGGAGAGGCACCAGCGGGAGAAGGACUUUCUGCUGAAGGAAGCUGUGGAAUCGCAGAGGAUGUGUGAACUGAUGAAGCAGCAGGAGACCCAUCUCAAGCAGCAGCUCGCUCUCUACACAGAGAAGUUUGAAGAAUUCCAGAACACCCUUUCCAAAAGCAGUGAAGUGUUCACGACAUUUAAACAGGAGAUGGAGAAGAUGACUAAGAAAAUCAAGAAGCUGGAGAAAGAGACCACCAUGUACCGUUCUCGCUGGGAGAGCAGCAACAAGGCUCUCUUGGAAAUGGCUGAAGAGAAAACCCUUCGGGACAAAGAGUUAGAGGGGCUUCAGGUGAAAAUCCAACGCUUGGAGAAACUGUGCCGAGCCCUGCAAACGGAGCGCAACGACCUCAAUAAGAAGGUGCAGGACCUGUGUGCCCACGCGCCCCGGGCAGACACAGACCUGUUGGAGCCUUUGAAGGACCCAUCUCGGGACGGCUCCGAGGCG